CUUCGGUGCCGGGGAGCACGCAGAGCCUGCAGCAUUGCAGUGAUACCCAGCAUUCAAGCUCCACACAGCUCCCCUGUGCCAAGUUUGUCUUCAAGAUAACGGCAUCCUGUGCCUAGCUUGGGGAGGAGGAGACAAAUGCACAGAUUUCAGCUCAGAGACAAUUACUCAGUCCCCAAAUGCCAUGCGAUGAAGUUUUGAAGGAAGGAAAACAUGGAAGAGAGGUACCCAAGCAUGGACCGGAAUAAUGAAGAGAUACGUGUAUUAGCUGCAGCCCUUUGAACCACACAAGAAGGAAGUCAACAGUGUGGACAGGGCUGGAAGCGUUACCACACUCGUUUGUUGGACUAAAUGAAGAAUGGGCUUGUGAUUAUGCUGACAUCCCAGCAUGAAUCUGGUGGACCUGUGGUUAACUCGUUCCCUCUCCAUGUGUCUCCUCCUACAAAGUUUUGUUCUUAUGAUACUGUGCUUUCAUUCCGCCAGUAUGUGUCCCAAGGGCUGUCUUUGUUCUUCCUCUGGGGGUUUAAAUGUCACCUGUAGCAAUGCAAAUCUCAAGGAAAUACCUAGAGAUCUUCCUCCUGAAACAGUCUUACUGUAUCUGGACUCCAAUCAGAUCACAUCCAUCCCCAAUGAGAUUUUUAAGGACCUCCAUCAACUAAGAGUUCUCAACCUGUCCAAAAAUGGCAUUGAGUUUAUCGAUGAGCAUGCCUUCAAAGGAGUCGCUGAAACUCUGCAGACUCUGGACUUGUCUGACAACCGGAUUCAGAGCGUGCACAAAAACGCUUUCAAUAACCUGAAGGCCAGGGCCAGGAUUGCCAACAACCCCUGGCACUGCGACUGUACGCUCCAGCAAGUUCUGAGGGGCAUGGUGUCCAAUCACGAGACAGCCCACAAUGUGAUCUGCAAGACCUCCGUGCUGGAUGAACACGCCGGGAGACCAUUCCUCAACGCUGCCAAUGAUGCUGACCUUUGUAACCUCCCUAAAAAAACGACUGAUUAUGCCAUGCUGGUCACUAUGUUUGGCUGGUUCACCAUGGUGAUCUCGUAUGUGGUGUAUUAUGUGAGGCAAAAUCAGGAAGAUGCGCGAAGGCACCUUGAAUACUUGAAAUCCCUGCCGAGCAGGCAAAAGAAAGCCGAUGAACCCGACGAUAUUAGUACAGUGGUGUAGUGUCCGAACUGACUGGCAUGGAAAAAGAAAUCCGUUUGGGAUUGCAGUAGAAUAAGUGGUUUACUUCUCUCAUCCAUUGUAAACGUUUGAAACUUUGUAUCUCAGUUUCUUUUGAAUCAUGCCAUUGAACUUUUAACAAACAUGACAGCAUAAAUCAUUGUCAUUUAGGUGAUCACCCCUCGGUUGUACUCCUGGUGGUAUAUUCCUGAGUCAGCUACUUCUCUGAACCUUAGUUCUAUCCAUCUCAGUAUUUAAUAAUGAAAUUUAUUUUUUUAAUUUGAAACCAAAUAAAAGCCUAAC